CUGAGUGCAAAAUAUUUGGAGAUUUGACAAGCUUUGCCUGAGAAAAAUACUUUAGUCAUGGACGAUUUUGAAAUCGCAGGUUUCCAGCUGACCUGGGGUCCAACCGAUCAACACAAUCGCAUAUUCGUGGGAAAUCUGCCCAGUUGCACCCGCGCAGAACUGGCUGGGCUAUGCAGGCGAUUCGGAAAAGUUGUGGCUUCGAUGGUCGAGGGAAAUCACGGAUAUGUGAUGUUCGAGAACAAAAGAAAGGCAAACAUAGCCAUUCUGGUGCUUAACGGAUCGCGGUUCAAGUCGAACAUCCUGUUUGUCCACAGUGCGAAUUAUGAAUCGAUGAAUGAGUAUGGAUAUGGACCCGUGCAGGAGAGGACGGAUGGCGUGGUGGUUGCCGAGGCGGUUUCAUCGGGUCUGGAAUCGGUUAGCGAUUGCAUGAUCGUAUUGAAGGAUUUGGACGACUGGCAAUACGCCGAGGACAUUCGGGACAAGCUAGUCGCCAAGGGAUUGAUCGCGGAAAUGCGUACCAUCUACGAUGAAGACGACGACGACGAAGAUGAUGAAAAUAUCGACCCGAACGCCUAUUUGGACGAGAUUAUCGCCAAAGGCACCUCGUAUGGCAUAUUAUUGGGCUCCAAGGUUGGGGACAUAAUUAAAUCGACUGUGCACUUUUUAUACGAGGACCGAUCUGAGUAUCCCAAUUUAUCAGCGGAAGAGGCCAUUAACCUUGUUGCCUUAGAUUAUAAGCGUAGGAACCAGUUUCACAAAGUCAAAACUGUUUAUCAAUAUGGCCAUAAUUAA